CUCACCGAAGGGUUCUGUGUUCAUCAGGUCUAAAGAGGUGUCUGAAGUUGUGAAAGACGCAACAUUGCUGUUCAAGCUUCUGGAUGAUAUGGUUGAGGAAGUUGGAGAGAUGAAUGUCGUUCAGGUUGUGACUGACAAUGCUUCCAACUACGUGAAGGCUGGGAAGCUGCUUGAAGCUAAACGCCCACAUCUGUUCUGGACUCCUUGUGCUGCCCAUUGUCUUGAUCUGAUGCUGGAGGACAUCGGAAAGGUGCAAGCUGUUAAGGAUGCUAUGAAGAAGUGUAUGUUUGUCAAUGCAUACAUCUACUGCCGUGUUCCUCUGGUCAAUAUGAUGAGAAGGUUCACGAACCAGAGGAACUUGCAUAGGCCUGCUGUAACUCGUUUUGCAACUUCCUUCAUCACAAUGAGUCAAUUUCACCUUCAACAAGCCAAUUUGAAGAAGAUGGUGACCUCAGAGGAGUGGAACAAGUCGAAGUGGCCUAAAGAAGCAGGAGCAAGAAAGAUGAAGCAGUAUAUCCUUCAAGAGGGCUUCUGGAGGAACGUAGCUUAUGCUCUUAAGCUAACUUGUCCCUUGGUGAAGGUCCUCCGGAUGGUUGAUGGUGAGAAGAAGCCAGCAAUGGGGUAUAUCUAUGCUGCAAUGGAUAGGGCAAAGGAAACUAUUGCUAAGAGUUUCAAAUGGAAGAAAGAGAAGUAUGAGAAGGUCUUUGAGAUGAUAGACAAUCGCUGGAACUGCCAGUUACAUCAACCACUUCAUGCAGCAGGUUAUUUCCUCAAUCCAGCUGUUCAUUAUGCUCAUACGGUUGAUGUUUGUUGUGAGGAAGUGGAGACUGGCUUGUAUAACUGCAUCACAAGGCUGGUUCGAGAGCCUGCUGUUCAAGACAAGAUCAUGGUGGAGCUUGAAGUCUUUAAGAAUGCAAGUGGCCUCUUUGGUCUUCCCAUGGCUAUUAGGCAAAGGGAGAUGAAAUCACCAGCUGACUGGUGGUCAACAUACGGAUCAUCAGCUCCAAAUCUCAGAGACUUUGCAGUCAAGGUGCUAAGUCUUACAUGCAGUGCAACAGGUUGUGAAAGAAACUGGGGAGUCUUUCAACUUCUGCAUACCAAGAGAAGGAACCGACUAGCUCAAGGCCGAUUGAAUGACAUGGUGUUUGUCAAAUACAAUCGUGCUUUGCAGCGUAGGAUGAGAAGAAAUGAUGCCAAGGAUCCAAUUCUGUUGGAUGAGAUAGAUGAUAGCAAUGAAUGGCUAAUGGGGAAGAUGGAUGGGAACUCAUCCAAUGAUGAAGAUGAUGAUUUUGUCCAUGAUGAUGAAGACUUGACAUGGAGUGUGGUGAGCGAAGCAGUAGGAGCUGAAGAACCUAGCUACACUACUAGGGGAGCAAAACCUGCUAAGGACAACAAAGGGAAAGGAAAAGCUACUCCUUCAACUCAGAGCAAACGCUAUGGUCCAUCAUUUUCUCAUUUGGAGUUGGUUGAUGAAGAUGAUGACGUUGAAGGGGAGUUAGAAAAAGAUGCUAGCUUCUGGAAGGAUUUGGAAUUGGAGUACGAGGAGAGUGGUUCUGAAUCUGAGUAG